AUGGCGCAGAGUAAUUGGGAAGCUGAUAAGAUGCUUGAUGUUUACAUAUAUGAUUAUUUGGUGAAGAAAAAAUUGCCCAUUACUGCCAAGUCUUUUAUGACAGAAGGGAAGGUUUCUCCUGAUCCAGUAGCAAUUGAUGCUCCUGGAGGUUUUCUUUUUGAGUGGUGGUCUGUUUUCUGGGAUAUUUUUAUUGCAAGGACAAACGAAAAACAUUCUGAGAAUGCUGCAGCAUAUUUAGAGACUCAGCAGAUUAAAGCUAAAGAACAACAAUUGCAAAUGCAGCAGUUGCAAUUAAUGCGUCAUGCUCAGCUGCAAAGAAGGGAUCCGAAUCAUCCUCCCAUUGGAAGUCCUCUAAAUGCUAUUGCUACAGAAGGAGUGCUAGGGCAAUCUACUGCCACUGCUUUGGCUGCAAAAAUGUAUGAGGAUCGGAUGAAGAACUCUAACCCUAUGGAUACGGAGACAUCCCAACCACUUUUAGAUGCUAGAAUGGCCCUUUUGAAAUCAACAAAUCAUCCUGGUCAGAUGGGUCAAGGAAAUUCAGUAAAUGUGACAGCAGCUUUGCAGCAAAUGCAGGUUCGAACUCAGCAAAUCCCUCACGAUAUCAAAAGCGAAGUCAACAUGGGAAACAUGCAGAGAUCCUUACCUAUGGAUCCUUCUUCAAUUUAUGGGCAGGGUGGAAUGCAGUCAAAGUCUGGAAUCACAAAUGCAGGAUUAAAUCAGGGAGUUGGUGGUCUCACAUUAAAAGGAUGGCCAUUAACCGGCAUAGAACAAAUUCGCCCGGGUUUUGGAGCUCAAGUUCAAAAGCCUCUUCUUCAGAGUGCAAAUCAGUUUCAGCUUUUGCCACAACAACAACAACAGCAGCUCCUUGCACAGGUACAUGCACAAGGAAAUAUCGGCAAUUCACAAGUGUAUGGAGAUAUGGACCCACAACGAUUAAGGGGAUUAUCUAGGGGAGGUUUGAAUUUGAAAGACAGCCAGCCAAUUGCAAACGAUGGGUCAAUAGGUUCUCCAAUGCAAUCUACUUCAUCUAAGCAGAUCAACAUGCCACAGAUACAACAGUCCAUCUCCCAACAACAGCAGGAUCCUUUACACCCGCAGCAACUGGGUCAGAAUAACCGAAAAAGGAAAGGGCCUACAUCAUCGGGAGCUGCCAAUAGUACUGGCACAGGAAAUACACUUGGCCCUUCUAAUUCUCAACCAUCAACUCCAUCUACUCACACUCCUGGUGAUGGAGUUGCUAUGGCAGGUAACUUGCAGAAUGUUACUGGCGUAUCCAAAAGUUUGAUGAUGUUUGGUACUGAAGGAGCAGGCGGUCUUGCAUCUUCCACAAACCAGCUGGAUGACCUGGAACCUUUUGGAGAUGUUGGCUCCUUAGAUGAUAAUGUGGAAUCAUUUCUCUCACAAGAUGAUGGUGAUGGAAAGGACUUAUUUGGGACACUGAAACGGAAUCCUUCCGAGCAUGCUACAGAUGCUUCAAAAGGCUUUUCCUUCAAUGAAGUUGGUUCUGUACGCAAAAGCAAUGGAAAAGUUGUUUGUUGUCAUUUCUCCUCAGAUGGGAAAUUAUUAGCCAGUGCUGGACAUGACAAGAAGGUUGUUCUAUGGAACACGGAGACACUGCAAACACAGAGCACACCAGAGGAACACACUGUUAUUAUUACUGAUGUUCGCUUCAGACCAAAUUCAACUCAGCUGGCAACAUCUUCGUUUGAUACAACUGUGCGACUUUGGGAUGCUGCAGAUCCAAGCUUUUCCUUGCAGGCAUAUAGUGGUCAUUCUUCUCAUGUUGCAUCCCUUGAUUUUCACCCCAAGAAAAAUGACCUUUUCUGUUCCUGUGAUGAUAACAGUGAGAUUCGCUUCUGGAAUAUUAAUCAAUAUUCUUGUACUCGCGUUUUUAAGGGAGGAUCUACACAGGUGAGGUUUCAGCCAAGGAGUGGACACCUUCUGGCUGCAGCAUCUGGCAAUGUUGUUUCUCUCUUUGAUGUUGAGACUGACAGGAAAAUGCACUCAUUAAAUGGACACUCUGCGGAUGUACAUUGUAUAUGCUGGGAUACAAAUGGAGAUUAUUUGGCAUCUGUGAGUCAAGAAUCUGUCAAAGUCUGGUCACUUGCCUCUGGGGACUGCAUUCAUGAACUUAAUUCCAGUGGAAACAUGUUUCAUUCUUGUGUUUUUCACCCAAGCUACUCCAACCUCUUGGUUAUUGGAGGAUACCAGUCAUUGGAGCUAUGGUUAAUGGCCGAAAAUAAAUGUAUGACAAUACCAGCUCACGAGGGUGUAAUAUCAGCUCUAGCACAAUCACCAGUGACAGGGAUGGUUGCUUCUGCCAGUCAUGACAAGUCUGUAAAGUUAUGGAAAUAA